GUGAGUUAUAUUUUGGAAAAAGAAGCCAGGAUGUAUCCAGGUUCUGUACGAUGCAACGGCAGCAGCAAUCUACCAGCACAAAACUUUCCUUCUUCUACACCUUAUGUAGAUUACAUAGGAUACCAUCAUCCCCAAAGUAUGGAGAAUCGUGGACAACCUUCAGGGACAUGGGGGACACAUUACGGGCUGCCCAGGGAGGAUUGGGGUGCUUAUGGCCUAGGAACCUCCAGCACCAUAACUUCCACCCAGAUCAACAGGUCUUCUCCUGGACAAGUCUCCUUCUCUUCUGCUGAUUACAGUUCUCUGAAUCCUGCUGGUUCUCUGACUUUACCUUCUCUGGACACCAUGAAUUCCGAGGCAAAUUCUCCUCCCCUCAACCAGCGGCACGGCUCCUACGAAUGGAUGAGGAAAACAGCCCAAUCUACUUCAACAGGUAAAACAAGAACAAGAGAGAAAUACCGGGUGGUAUACACAGAUCAUCAGAGGUUAGAACUAGAGAAGGAGUUUCACUACAGCAGAUAUAUCACCAUCCGAAGGAAGUCUGAACUCGCUGCAAACCUAAGACUUUCUGAGAGACAGGUGAAAAUCUGGUUCCAAAAUCGCAGAGCCAAAGAAAGGAAACUAAUGAAGAAAAAAAUGACCACUUUUGAUGGAGGCAGCCUGGCCUCCAUCCAGAGUGACUCUGGUUCCUUGAGCCCUAUUCCAGUUCAGGACCCACAGACUCACUCAGAAAUGGCGGGCACUUUGUUUCCACCACCAGCCCCGCUCCCUCCUCCUCCUCCUCUUAUUUCCAUGAAUGGCCUUCAGCACAACGGAACGAUUACAAGAGUUGUGGUCUCUCAGUGA